AUGCGUGACUUCCUCUCUCUCUUAGGGUUGGCCAGUAUGGUGGCCUCGUCGUCCGCUGCCGUCAUUCCUUCAACGUUCGCAGCAAUAUCGUCGACCAUUGCUCAAGUGUCUCAUUUAACAUGGACCGAUGCGAUCUCCGUGGAAAUCCAAAAUGGCUUUGGCAGUGUAGUUGUCGCAGCCAGCGAAACAUGCACAGGCCCGAUCAAAAGCUCCCCUACAAGCUACUGGCUCGCGGAUCAAGACCACAGCGGAAAUUCUGGUGGUUAUGCCCCCUACGUGAACAAUACAAAUUACCCUGUGUGGCGUAAUGUCCUGGAUUACGGUGCCAGCAAUGAUGGGUCCGGUAAUCAGACAUUCAAGUUGCAAAACGCCAUCAACGAUAACGGCUCGGGCGGCAGUCGUAAAAGCAGCGGCGUCACUCGUUAUCCGGCCGAGGUCUUCCUUCCCGGGGGAACCUAUCAGUUGGGUAGCACACUGGAACUACGCGUGGGCACCAUCAUUACAGGAGACCCGCUAAAUCCUCCGGUGCUCAAGGCUGCGCCGAAUUUCAAAGGUGAUACUCUGGUCAUGGGGUAUGAUUCGGGCAAUGGAAAUCCGGAAACCAGCUUCAUGACCCUGAUGAGAAAUGUAGUGCUGGACACCACGGCUCUCAGUGCGGACACAAAGAUCACAGCGCUGCAGUGGGGUGUAGCACAAGGCUCCGGCUUGACCAAUGUCCAGAUUGAAAUGCCGACCAGCUCUACGGGCCACACCGGCAUAUACAUCCAGGCUGGUUCGACCAUUGCCGUUACCGAUGUGCAAAUCAUUGGCGGUGCUGUAGGUAUCAAGAACUCUAAUCAACAGGUCAACUUCAAGAAUAUUUCAUUCAAAUACUGCACGACGGCGUUCGAAGCAGCUGGUGGCCACACGGUGCUACUACAACAGGCGACAUUUGACACCUGUGGCACCGGCAUCAACAUGACUACCAACAGUCUGGGUAGUCUCGUGCUGCUCGACUCCUCCUCUAUCAACUCUGGGCCGGUCGUUAGAUUCCACGACUCGUCCAAUGACAGCGGCAAUCGCAAUAGCCAGAUCCUUAUCGAAAACCUGUCGCAUGAGAACAGCAAUCCCAUCGCGGUCGAUAGCAAAGGCAAUGUCAAACUGGGUGCUGUCUCGCAUGUCGACACCUGGGUCUGGGGAAACGUCACUCCGGGCCAGUACCAGAGCGGAACCGGUUUUAGUACCUUGCGUCCGGGCGUGCUGCUUGCAAAUAACAAGUACUUCACAAAGGUGCAGCCCACCUACGCCGAAUAUAGCAGUGACCAGAUUGUCAAUGUAAAGGCUGCUAAAGACUACACCGUCAAGGGUGACGGCUCCACGGAUGAUAGCGCGGCGUUGAACGCUAUUUUGGCGGACAAUGCAGCAAACUGUAAGAUUACAUACUUUCCAUACGGCGUAUACCUCGUCAAGGAUACGCUCGUCAUUCCGAAGGGCUCUCGUAUCGUGGGCGAGGCCUGGGCAGUGAUUACGGGCGCGGGAGACGCGUUCAAAAACGCCGCCAAUCCGAAGCCGGUCGUGCAGAUCGGACAAGAGGGGGAUGUGGGUGUGGCUGAAAUUCAAAAUAUGAGAUUCAGUGUCGCCGAGAUUCUUCCGGGCGCGAAGAUUCUCGAGAUAAACAUGGCAGGCAGUGCACCCGGCGAUGUGGCAUUAUGGAACACUAUCGCCACCGUAGGAGGUACUGCGGAGACCACCAUUGCCAACAGCUGCACCGACCAGGAUAUGUCCCGAUGCAUGGCGGCAUUCAUGGUCCUCCAUCUCACAAAGACAUCGUCCGCGUACAUUGAGAAUUUCUGGGGCUGGACGGCUGAUCAUAACCUUGACGGUGGGCCGAUCACGAUUAUCUCCACGGGCCGUGGUAUUCUGGUCGAGGCCACCCAGGGAACCUGGCUUACUGGGACCGGGUCUGAGCAUCACUGGCUGUAUAACUACAACCUCCAUAACGCACAGAAUGUCUACGCAGGUCUUCUCCAGUCGGAGUCCCCAUAUAUGCAAGGAGACGGAGCCACACAGACUGCUCCCGCUCCAUGGACCGCUGCAUCCGAGUUUGGUGACCCCGACUUCUCCUGGUGCGGCGAAGACGAUCAGAAGUGCCGUACCUCGCUGGCAACUAACGUGGAUGGCGGGUCGGAUAUUCUUCUGUACAACUCAGCCGCAUGGGCGUUCUUCAACGGGCCCUGGGAUGGAACCUACAGCCAUCAGUGCAACGGCUCGUGUCAAACGAACAUGAUGCGCGUGGCAAACUCCCCAAGCAACCUCGUGUGGUAUUCUAUCAGCACCCGCAAGACGGACGUCAUGGUCCUGGACGAGCAAUCGAAUCCGAUCGAGUACAAUCAUCCGGGUGGAUGGGAGGCGAUUAUUCAGGCGUACCGGCAAUUUGCUGCGGCACAGUAG